AUGCCUACCGAAAAGCCCGUCAAAAAGACGAAGAAGGUCGCCGCCAAAGCCGGUGAUGAGAAAGGGGAUAAGGUCCACAAACUCACGCUGAAAGGCAGUGCGAAGAUGGUGUCCGAGUUUUUCGAAUACUCGAUCCACUCGAUCUUAUUCCAGCGUGGUGUAUACCCCGCCGAUGACUUCUCGCCUGUCAAAAAGUACGGCCUUAACAUGUUGAUGAACACCGACGACCAAGUACAAGCGUAUAUCAAAAAGAUUAUGUCACAGUUGAGCAAGUGGAUGCUCCACGGAAAGAUCUCGAAGUUCAUUCUCGUGAUUUCGGAUAAAGAUACCGGCAACAAACUGGAGAGGUGGCAGUUUGAUGUUCAUAUUUUGGGAAAGGGGAAGAAGAAGGCUGCUAAAGACGCUGAAGUCGAGAUGGGAGAUAAGGAGAAUGCUGCGGGUGCAAGCUCUGAUGCGACGGUGGAUAAAACGGAUAAGGAGAUUCAAGAGGAGAUCCAGUCAAUAUUCAGACAAAUCACGGCAUCGGUUACCUUCUUACCCAUGCUUGAUGGAAAUUUCAAUUGCACGUUCAACGUACUGGUUUAUGCGGACGGUGAUGCAGAGGUUCCAAUGGAAUGGGGAGACGGCGAGGAUGAGGGCAUCCAGGAUGCUGAGCAAGUACAGCUGAGAUCAUGGUCAAGUAGCAGCCAUCGAGUAGAAACGAUGGUCAGCUACCGAAUUACGGAUUAA